AUGUUGAAGACGGUGCAAUUGUACGGCGGGGCCGUCUCGACGGUGGUCCCCGAUGGGUUUCUGGACGUUUCGCUACUGCGGGAGGUGCCCGACACGCAGGAGGUGUACGUGAACAGUCGCACGGCUGCCGAGGUAGCGCAGUGCACGGACGGGCUCGGUGAGGACGAGAGUAUUCUCGUAGAUUUGCUGCAGCGGGUCGACGCGGACAGUGACGAAGAGGCUCUGCGAGUGCACGUUGGCGAGAUCGCCGAACUGAACGGGUCCCGUGGGCAGUGGAGGCUGCUGCAGCGGGAGGUCCUCGAAAUGGAGCAGCAAGAUCAGCAUCAGCAUCAUGCACAGGCGGCCAUUGUCGUUGAGCAGGUACCCCUGCGGGGCAGCGGUCGCAGUGGGGCAGAGACCGUUGUAUCAUGCAUCGGCCUCAUCCGACUGGAAGACGUUGCCACAGACGUCGUAAUCAGCAUAAACGUGACCCUGCAGGGGACUAUCGAGGACGGUGACGGUGACGAUGAAGCAGUCCCACCACGCGUUGCAGCAGCGUUCACUAUUUUGAAACAGAUUAUAUCCAACUUCAAAGUGCACGACAAGUCGCUGUUUGCUUAG